GUUCACAGAGCGCCUGGACACUUCCACGUCGUGCUCCAGCAGAGAUUUUCGAUUCGUCGCUCCAUUGAAUCUUGUCUAUCAACGAGUGCUUUCCUUCGUGAAAUUAUGAAAUCGCGUGUCUCCCUCCCGCUUGGGAUUUUUUUAACUCUUGCCUUCUACGGCUGCUGUAACUGCCAACCGUUGAAUUACGAAGAUGCGCGAUCUGACGUGCAGCCUCCGCCCUUCUACAAGGACGCUGAAAUGGCACGUUUCAUCGUAAAUCAGGCUGACUGGGCAGCUCUGGGAACAAUCAGCACUCGGGAGGAUGUUGUUGGUUAUCCAAUCGUUAACGUGAAAUCCAUUAGCGACGGACCGGUCGGAAAUGGCAACGGAGUUCCUUAUUUGUACAUCACUCCGAUGGGAUUCUCAGCCAAAGACUUAGCUAAAGAUGAUCGAGCGAGUCUCAUGAUGACCUUGGCACAAGGUCCCUACUGCAAGAAGAAGGAUUAUGACCCAAUGGAUCCGAGAUGCCCAAGGGUCAUACUCACCGGAAAAUUCCAAAAGAUCGAGGAGUCGAGUUCGGAAUACGAUGUUGCGAAAAGUGCCAUGUUCGGACGCCACCCGUGGCUCGCCCAUAUGCCUGAAAAUCAUGGCUUCUUCUUUGCAAAAAUUGAAAUUGAUUCCGUUGGAGUUCUUGCGACAUUUGGACCAGUUCAUAUGGUCUCUCUUGAAGAUUACUUUAACGCACCGGUUGGCCAGCAAUAAGAUACAUAAUGCACAAUCUACGAAUGUACACGAGUCAAUUGUGUUAUUGGAAAAGUUGGAUUUUUGUUUACUAUGAGAAUAAUAAAAGAAUGCUUUUGAGAAAAAA